UUCGCGCCCUGAUUAGACGGCAGAGCUCGGCCAUGGCGAUCAGAGCAUUCUCUUGCAGAACCAGAAACACAUUGUCUUCGUCUGUCUUACGCGCUCUCCAAAACUCUAGACCUCAACACAUUCGUCUCUUCUGUUGUGUCCUGCGAGACCCACCAUCUCUCGUAAACGAGAUCUCCCGCGUUCUCAGCGAUCAUCGGAAUCCCCAGGACGAUCUCGAGCACGCUCUUCACCCCUAUUCUUCGAGGUUCUCAUCGAAUCUGGUCGAACAGGUCCUGAAGCGCUGCAAGAAUCUGGGAUUUUCCGCUCACAGAUUCUUUCUCUGGGCACGUCGAAUCCCAGAUUUCGAACAUAGUUUGGAAAGUUGCCAUAUUUUGGUGGAGAUUCUCGGCAGUAGCAAGCAAUUCGCUUUGCUGUGGGACUUUUUGUUAGAAGCGAGAGAGUAUAACUAUUUUGAGAUAACUCCGAAGUUUUUCUGGAUUGUUUUCAGGGCGUAUAGCAGAGCUAACUUACCCAGUGAAGCGAUUCGAGCGUUUAAUCGGAUGGUUGAAUUCGGGAUCAAACCUACUGUUAAUGAUCUCGACCAGUUAUUGCAUUCGCUUUGCGAUCGGAGACAUGUAAAGCAUGCCCAUGAAUUCUUCGACAAAGUGAAACAUGGGUUUGAACCGAGCGCGAAAAGUUAUAGCAUUUUGGUCCGAGGUCUCGGAAAUGUUCGAGAUGCUCCGUGGGCACGCAAGGUGUUCGAUGAAAUGCUCGAGAGAGGUUGUCCGAUUGAUUUGCUCGCUUAUAACAGCCUUUUACAUACAUUGUGCAGAUCUGGUGAUGUUUCUGGGGCGUACACGAUGUUUCAGGAGAUGGGCAAACUCGGAUUUAGACCCGACGCUUAUAGUUACUCGAUAUUCAUCCGCGCAUACUGCGAUGCCAAUGAUAUCCACUCGGUCUUUAGGGUUCUUGAUCGGAUGAAAAGAUAUGAUCUUGUCCCUAAUGUGUUCACAUACAACCACAUCGUCAAGACCCUUUGCCAGAACGAGAAAGUAGACGACGCUUAUUCACUACUAGACGAGAUGACAGAGAAAGGGGCUAUCCCCGAUACAUGGACUUACAACUCGAUAAUGUCAUACCACUGCGAACACUGCGAGGUGAAUCAGGCAACGAAGCUGAUAUCGAGAAUGGAGAAACACAAGUGUUCUCCUGACAAGCACACUUACAACAUGCUGCUCAAGUUGCUUAUACGCAUUGGGAGAUUUGACAGAGCCACGGAGAUAUGGGAAGGAAUGGGGGAGAAAGGAUUUUACCCUUCGGUCGGAACUUACUCGGUGAUGGUUCAUGGAUUGGUGAGGAAGAAAGGGAAGUUAGAGGAAGCUUGUAAGUACUUUGAGACGAUGAUCGAUGAGGGAAUUCCGCCUUAUGGAGAAACGGUUGAGAUGAUGAGGAAAAGGUUGGUGGGGAGGGGAUUGAUGGAGGUUGUGGAUGUGUUGGCGGGGAAGAUGGAAAGGAGCAGUUCUUGUUCCAUCAGAGAAAUGGCGAAGGAGAUGAGAGGGAAAAGAUCGAGCAGUGGACUGAGAAAUGAAGAAGAUGAUUCAGAGUUUGAAAGAGAGAGUCAUCUUCUCUGACAAUAUCCGACACAUCUGUAGUGCAAGUUGUUUGGUCUCUUGCUCAAGGAGUGUGUUUGUUUACAAGUCUGUUUUUUAGCACCAUUAUGCAAAUUCAUUGUUUUUUUGGAUAUACAUUGGAUAAAUAAUCAAAUGUAUGCAAACAUUAUAUUUAGAUUGUUAGA